AAACGGAAAGUACAGGAGUCCCGAAACAAUUUCCUUGUCCACCCGUGCCACCAUCUCAUUCAAAUUCUCUCUCUCUGCAACUCUUUCUUUCUCUCUCUCCUCUUCUCUCUCUGCAACACUCACUCUCUCUUAAUUUAGAAGAAAAACCCUAACUUUCCUUUAGUCGAACAAGGACACAACUAGUUUUGCUCAUCCUAGGGUUCCCAUGGGUUCUUCCACGUCUUUCAUGAAGAUUAUUCUCUCUCUCUAACUCCUGAAUUUUAAAGGAAAUUCGUAAUUCCUCCUUUUCUGGAAGGAAAAAUCCCAAAUUUCCCUGAUCUUUGGGUUUCCAUGGGUGGUGUGACGUCUUCAAUGGCGGCGAAAUUCGCCUUCUUUCCUCCAAACCCACCAUCAUAUAAAGUGAUUGUGAAUGAAGCCAACCAAAAAUUGAGUUUUUCUGAUGUUACUUUGAGAAAAAAUGUCGAUAUAUUGAAGCUUUCGACGAGCAGGGGUUGUGAGAUUGUGGCCAUGUAUAUUAAGAACCCCAUGGCGAAAUUGACAGUUUUGUAUUCACAUGGAAACGCAGCUGAUUUGGGCCAAAUGUAUGAGCUUUUUUCGGAGCUCAGUAUUCAUCUUCGUGUGAAUUUGAUGGGGUAUGAUUAUUCAGGGUAUGGUCAAUCCACAGGGAAGCCAAGCGAGCAAAAUACUUAUGCGGAUAUUGAGGCUGCAUUUAAAUGCCUCGAAGAGACCUAUGGAGUGAAUGAGGAUAACAUCGUUUUGUAUGGGCAAUCAGUUGGGAGUGGACCGACAUUGGAUUUAGCAAUUCAAUUACCAAGAUUGAGAGCUGUCGUGCUGCAUAGUCCUAUACUGUCUGGCUUACGGGUCAUGUAUCCUGUAAAACGAACGUAUUGGUUUGACAUCUAUAAGAACAUUGACAAAAUCCCACUAGUUAAUUGUCCUGUCCUGGUCAUUCAUGGAACUGCGGAUGAAGUAGUGGAUUGCUCUCAUGGUAAGCAGCUAUGGGAACUUUGUAAAGAGAAGUAUGAGCCACUGUGGAUAAAAGGAGGCAACCACUGUGACUUGGAGCUCUAUCCAGAGUACAUAAGGCAUCUUAAGAAGUUCAUAUCAGCUGUUGAGAAAUCUCCUGGCCUUAAGAAUGGUCCACAACAGAACACCAAUGAAACAGAGCCUUCUAGAAAGAGCAGCGAUCGAAGAGACAAGUCCAGGCCAAGUAUAGAUCGGCCUGAGAAGUCAAGGGCCAGCACAGAUCGAAGAGAGAAAUCGAGAAAGAGUGUGGACCGAAACGAGAAGCCAAGGAGCAGCUUGGAUCAAGGGGACAAGCCAAGGAAGAGCAUGGAUCAACCUGAGAAGGGGAGGACCAGCAUUGAUCGCUUUGGGGAAAUGAUGAGAGCGGUGGGCUUGUGCAAUACCGACUGUUUCAAGCCUCAGGCAGCUGGGGUCUGAGGAAUGAAGAUUGGUGCUUUGUAAGUUUGGAAUGGAUUUGCAUUUCCUGGUACCACGUAUUGAUUAGUCGCAUUUGAGUGUUUGUUCAUAACAUUAUUAAGAUCAUAGGCUCUUUCUCCCACGAAGAAAAGAAAAGCAAGGGGAAAAGAAGAAGAAGAAAAAGAAAAAGAAAAAUUGCAUUAUUUAAUCAAUUAUGUAUGGUUGUGGCAUUGUAGUUUUCAUUUCUGGUUUGUUAAUAAAUUAUUGUUUGCUGCAA